AUGGCCGUGAUGGGUGGACGCAUGACAAUUGCCAAGAUGUUUCUCGAGUAUGGUGCUGACAUUCUCACCACGAAUCCUGAGCAUGGCCGAACUCUGCUAUUAUGGGCCGCAAAGAAUGGUGAUGGGAUGGUGGUGAGGCACCUGCUCGAGAAUGGUAUUAGUGUGGAUUCCACAGACACUGAAUACAGCCGGGCACCGUUGUGCUGGGCUGCAGGAGAAGGAAAUGACGCAAUGGUCAGGCUGCUACUUGCGAGCAACGCAAAGGUAAACUGGGCAGACGGUGAUGGUCAGACGCCGCUGCUUCGGGCUGCAGAAAGAGGACAUGAUGCAGUGGUCGACCUGCUACUUGCCAGCAACGCAGAGGUAGAUUUGGCAGACUCCCAUGGUCAGACGCCGCUGCUUCGGGCUGCAGAAAGAGGACAUGAUGCAGUGGUCGACCUGCUACUUGCCAGCAACGCAGAGGAAGAUUUGGCAGACUACCAUGGUCAGACGCCGCUGCUUCGGGCUGCAGAAAGAGGACGCGACGCAGUGGUCAAGCAGCUACUUGCUAGAAACGCAGAGGUAAAUAUGGCAGAUGGGAGUGGUCAAACACCGCUGUUUCGUGCUGCAACACAGGGUCACGAAACGGUCGUCGAGAUGUUGCUGGAAUAUGGAGCCUUCCUGGACUCCGCGGACAGUAUGUAUAGCCGAACGCCCCUGUGCGCAGCCGCGCUGAAUGGGCGUGGGGCCGUGGUGAAGCUACUGCUCAAACGUGAUACCAAAGUAAACUCCAAGGAUCACCUGCACCGUACGCCACUAAUGUUAGCAGCGUUGAAGGGGCACGAGACAAUAGUCAAGCUACUUCUCUCCGUGGGCGCGGACGUCAACUCCAAGGACGUGUGUGGCCGAACGCCGCUGUUCUGGGCCGUAUAUUUUGGCAACGUAGCAACGGCCGCAGCGCUACUUGAGAAUCAUGCCGAUCCAAAUUCUAGAGACAACAAUCAGCGGACUAUGCUGGUGUGGGCUAUAGAGAGAGGUCAAGAAGCAAUGGUCAAGCUCCUCCUCGACCAUCGUGCGAACUCGGAUCUCACAGAUGAACAUGGUCGGACGCCUCUGUGUACGGCUGCGGAGGUAGGGCAUAUAGGUGCGGUUAAGCUACUGCUCAAUAACGGUGCCUAUGUAGACUCUAUCGACGUUCAAUAUGGUCGGUCACCGCUGUGGCGCGCUGCAGAAAGGGGACAUGCGGAAGUGGUUAAGCUCCUACUGGCGAAUGGCGCUGAAGUAGAUUUGACAGACAAUGAUGGUCGCAAGCCACUGUCUAGGGCUGCAGCGAAUGACCAUGAGGCAGUGGUGAAUCUCCUGCAACGAAGUGUUUGA